CUCCCGCCCAAAAAUGCCCAAAACCCCACACUCUUGCCUGCUCGGUCACGGAACCGCUAUAGUUUUCGGUUCUGAAUCCGCCAUUUACGAUCAGUGAACUCCCAUAUCCCUCCGGAACGGUGCUCUAUCCUCACUAGGUUGAGACCCAGAAGUCAAAAUCACUUCUUCCCCAGUUACUGUGCUCUUUGCGAUUGAUCUGUGACCAUCUUGGGUCUGUGAAGCCGUGAACUGGGGAUGGAGAGGUCGUCCGUCGUCCUUUUCACCAAGGAGCCCUUCAUCGAGAAAGUCGGCCCCCGCAGAAUUAAGAGUAUUCAAUUCUCGAGUUUCUCUGCGGCGGAGAUUUGCAAGGUUGCAGAAGUUCAGGUGUGGCAGGGAGUAUACUAUGCUCCAAAUCGCAGGCCCAUUGAAGGCGGCUUACUGGAUUCUCGCAUGGGUCCUCCAAAUAAGGGAAGCCGGUGCAGUACAUGUGACGCUGACUUCAAUGGGUGUCCGGGGCAUUAUGGCUACCUGAAUCUCGUCCUUCCUGUUUAUAAUGUCGGGUUUCUUGGUAAAAUUUUGGAAGUGUUGAAGUCUGUAUGUAAGUCUUGUUCUCGUAUCCUUUUGGACGAGGAAACCCGCACAAAAGAGUUGCAGAAGAUGAGAAAUCCCAAAAGGGAUGCUUUAUUCAAGAGUGAGCUUGCAAAGAAAAUAGUGGGAAAGUGUAAACCUGGAAGGUGCCGUCGAUGUGGAUUUGUGAAUGGUAUGGUGAAGAAAUAUCCAGGUGCCAUUACCUUUAUGCAUGGUGGGUCUAAGAUAAAUGAUGGGAGCUUGAAUGAGUGGAAAUCUGCAAUCUCACAUGCAAAAGAGUCUAAGGGUUCCUUCGCUGCAGCCUCUUAUAACCUUAAUGCUCAGGAUGUUCUCUCACUUUUUGAAAAGAUACCUGAUGAGGACUGUGAACUUCUCAAUAUUACUGACAGGCCAGAGAAAUUCAUGAUCACUACCAUAUCUGUGCCCCCAACAUCCAUCCGCCCUUCGGUCAUGGUGGAUGGAAGUCAAACUAAUGAAAACGAUAUCACGGAGAGGUUGAAAAGAAUUAUUCAGGCCAAUGCUUCCUUGCGACAGAAUUUACAGGAAUCUACACUUCGGACUGCGUGGGAGGAUCUCCAAACAGAAGUUGGACAAUAUAUAAACAGCGAUGUCCGUGGUGUUUCGCAAUUUAAUCAAGUCAGCAAGCCCUUGGCUGGUUUCAUCCAGCGUCUCAAAGGGAAGCAGGGACGAUUUCGUGGAAAUUUAUCUGGUAAGCGAGUUGAAUUUACUGGAAGAACAGUUAUAUCACCUGACCCGAAUCUGAAAAUUACCCAGGUCGGGAUACCCAUCCACAUGGCUCAGAUCUUGACUUUUCCCGAACGAGUUAACCAUUACAAUAUCGAGAAGCUGAGGCAGUGCGUCCGAAACGGCCCUUUUAAGUACCCCGGUGCAAGGAUGGUUACAUAUCCUGAUGGAGAAAAGAAGGGUUUGCAGGGUAGUUAUAGAAAGCGUAUUGCUGAUGAGUUGUCAUUUGGCACCAUAGUGGACCGUCAUCUUGAAGAUGGAGAUGUUGUUCUUUUCAACAGACAGCCGAGUUUGCAUAGGAUGUCGAUUAUGUGCCAUCGGGCAAAGGUGAUGCCAUGGAGAACACUUAGAUUCAAUGAAUCUGUUUGCAACCCUUACAAUGCUGAUUUUGAUGGAGAUGAGAUGAACAUGCAUGUUCCUCAGACAGAAGAGGCUCGUGCAGAGGCUCUUAUGCUAAUGGGGGUGCAAAACAAUUUAUGCACACCAAAGAACGGAGAGAUAUUAGUGGCGUCUACUCAAGACUUUUUGACGUCCUCCUUUCUGAUAACAAGGAAGGAUACAUUUUAUGAUCGUGCUGCUUUUUCACUUAUGUGUUCCUAUAUGGGAGAUGGGAUGGAUCUUAUUGACUUGCCAACACCUGCAAUACUGAAGCCAAUGGAGCUCUGGACGGGAAAGCAAUUAUUUAGCAUAUUACUUCGGCCCAAUGCAUGUACAAGGGUAUAUGUGAAUCUUACGGUUAAGGAGAAAAACUAUACCAAGCCCAAAAGUUCCGCACAUAGGGAGCUAGAAACGAUGUGCCCAAAUGAUGGAUUUGUGUAUUUUCGCAAUAGCGAGCUUAUAUCUGGCCAACUUGGAAAGGCUACUUUAGGUAAUGGCAACAAAGAUGGUAUUUUUUCCAUUCUCCUAAGGGACUAUAAUCCACAUGCAGCUGCGACCUGUAUGGGCCGCCUUGCGAAAUUGAGUGCCCGAUGGAUAGGCAAUCAUGGGUUUUCAAUUGGAAUCGAUGACGUUCAACCUGAUAAAGAGUUGAAUGAGAGGAAAAGAGAGACAAUUUUGAAUGGCUAUAAUAGUUGUGAUGAGAAGAUACAAUUGUACAAUAAAGGAAAGCUACAACUUCAACCUGGAUGUGAUGCUGCUCAGACACUGGAAGCUGUCAUAACUGAUAUCUUAAACCAAAUUAGAAAUGAAACUGGGAAUGUUUGCAUGAAGAAACUUCACUGGAGAAACAGUCCAUUAAUCAUGUCACAAUGUGGUUCAAAAGGGUCGCCCAUUAAUAUUAGUCAGAUGAUAGCAUGUGUGGGUCAGCAGUCAGUCGGUGGUCGCCGUGCUCCUAAUGGGUUCAUUGAUCGGAGCCUUCCCCAUUUCCCAAGACAAUCAAAAACACCUGCUGCGAAAGGAUUUGUUGCAAACUCAUUUUACAGUGGUCUGUCAGCUACUGAGUUCUUCUUCCACACUAUGGGAGGACGUGAAGGUCUAGUAGACACAGCUGUGAAAACAGCUGACACUGGGUACAUGUCCCGGAGACUUAUGAAAUCUUUGGAAGAUUUGUCUAUUCAGUAUGACAACACAGUGAGGAAUGCAAGUGGUUCGAUAGUCCAAUUUCGUUAUGGUGAUGAUGGCAUGGACCCAGCGCAAAUGGAAGGCAAAAGUGGAUUUCCCUUGAAUUUGAAUAGACUGUUCAUGAAAAUCAAGGCCACAUGUCCUCCUCGGCAAGAUAAUUAUCUAUCCUCAGCAGAAGUGGCUGCUAUCAUAGAGGAGAAACUUCCAGAAUCUGAAGUUUCUCCUGAAGGAGCCUUCUCUGAUGCAUCUGGGGCCUUUAGAAAGUCUCUGAAGUCCUUCCUCCUCGAGGAAAAUGAGAGAGGGUCAAAAAUAAUCACCAAGUUAGUUGAAGAAAAUCCUGCAAAAGAUUCCAAGGUUGCUAAUCAAGUUGCUGAGAAAAUUGGCGGUCUAACUGAGAAGCAGCUUAAGGGAUUUAUUGAUGCUUGCAUGUCGCGUUAUUAUCAAAAAAUAGUUGAAGGUGGAAUGGCUAUUGGAGCCAUUGGAGCUCAGAGCAUUGGAGAACCAGGGACUCAGAUGACAUUGAAAACCUUUCAUUUUGCUGGAGUUGCUAGCAUGAAUGUCACACUCGGAGUUCCUCGUAUCAAAGAGAUCAUAAAUGGAUCCAAGAAAAUACUUACACCCAUCAUUACGGCAGAACUAGAUCGGGAUGACAACGUGAACAUUGCCCGUAUGAUAAAGGGCCGAAUUGAUAAAACAAUCUUGGGGCAGAUUGCCAAGAGCAUAAAGAUUGUUAUGACAUCAAGAUUGGCAUCAAUUGUUAUCACCCUGGACAUGGAUAUAAUUGCAGAUUCACAGUUGAGCAUUGAUGCUAAUACUGUGAGGGAGUCUAUCUUACAAACUCCAAAAAUCAAGCCAAAACAGCUGCAAAUUAAGGUUCUCGAUGCUCGGAAGUUGGAGGUUGUUCCUGUGGUGGAUCGAAGUAUACUCCACUUUGCACUCCAUACUCUUAAAAAUGCUCUCCCAAUGGUUAUAGUGAAGGGAGUCAAGACAGUAGAGCGUGCUGUGGUUAACAAAGGAAAAGAAAAGUACAAAGAUAAAAAUGGGGAAGAACGCGAGAGAGAGAAGUACAGCCUUGUUGUGGAAGGUAUGGGUCUGAAAGAAGUCAUGGGUACGGAAGGAGUCAAUGGUCGGAAGACAAGGAGCAAUCAUGUCAUGGAGAUCCAACAGAUUCUUGGAAUAGAAGCUGCAAGAAAGUCCAUUAUUGAAGAAAUACAGUUCAUCAUGUCGAAUCAUGGAAUGAGCAUAGAUAUUCGCCACAUGAUGCUUCUAGCAGACUUGAUGACAUUUCGGGGUGAGGUUCUUGGUAUUACUAGAUAUGGUAUACAGAAGAUGGACAAGAGUGUCCUGAUGUUGGCUUCAUUCGAGAAGACGGCUGAUCACCUUUUCAAUGCAUCUGCUAGUGGUAAGGUUGACAAUAUUGAAGGCGUUAGUGAGUGCAUUAUUAUGGGUGUUCCGAUACAAAUUGGAACGGGGAUACUCAAAGUGAUACAAAGGGAUGAGUGGACUGAGCAGAGACGUGGACCAGACCCGAUUUUAUCCAAGAUUUUGUAGCAUUUUCCAUUGUGAGAUUAUGAAGAUCCUGGGUCAAAUGACUUGUUUGGCAGUUCUAUUUUCGCUAGGUGACUACUGAACUUGAGAAAGAGAGAACAAACUCGUCAUGUCCUGCUAUUCUUUCAGAUGAAGGUUCAGCGAUUACACAGAAGAAAAUUGAGAUCGACCACGGGUUACAUGAAGCUUCAAUAGUACGGGUCUUUCCUUGUAAACGGAGAGUGAUGCUGCUGAUUCAUUACGAGUAUUUUCGCAAUUCAUUACGAGUAUUUUCAUUGCGAGAGCAACAGCUUGGGUUAUACUCCGUGUAGUCGGUCCCAACAAAAUAGAAAAUUUUCAAUCAACAAAGAAUAUUAUUGAUGUACAGGAAUCCAAAUUACAAGAUCGGUUUCAUUCAGCAGACGCAACCUGCAGCUUAGGAGCACAUUAUUUUGUUUAAUUUUGAACUAUAUUUGGGCUGGGCCCUGACAAAGUCCAUAGGACAUUGACUAAUAAGGAGCACAUUAACAUUUUCUUUGGGCUGGGCCCAUGUGAC